GAAGUGUUUGUCUGACAGACUGUUUGUGUGAACACUAAUCAAUCGAUUACUCAAUCAUACAAUGAAUUCAAUUCACUUCAUGUGACCAUUGAGUGAAUGAACAACAAAACAAUCACUUCUUAAUUCAUUCAUUCAUUUCUUCAUUCAUUGAAAGCAAUUGUUUGAAAACUGCUUUUUAAUUGCUAUUACUUUGCGAUCACAUCAUUACUGAUUGUCUCCCGAAAUCACCAUUACUUUCAUUGUUUUCGUUUGUUUUCAACUAAUUAUUGGCUCAAAUUUCUUAACUAAAUCUCAUUUUUAGUGUUUUUGGUUUCAGUUAAUUAGUGCCCAAAUCAGACAAAUUGGUUUCCCUUUGACUCAACUGUUAGUGUCUUGUGAUCACCGAUGGAUUCGUUCAAUGAUUUAGCCGCGAAUGGCGGACAUAAUGGGCAACAAAUGCCACAAAUGAGCGCUGAGUCGACGGCUAGAGUGCGGCCGCCAUCCGACCACUACCUGACAGACCAUAUGCCGCCUCAACACAGAACUCAUUACAACUCACCGCCGAUGGAGACACAGAUGAGACGACCCAACACUUCGUACAACGACUCGAUCAGUGAACUCACAAAACAAACCAAUUUAUUGUCGUUUGGAGUGAACGAUAAAAACAAUUACAACAGUAUUGGCGGCGCAGGAGAUCUCAGCAACAACUCGUGGAUUGCCUCAGAACCCAAAGGGCAGUCCUCUCAGAGUCUUUCCAGCGGUUCAAUGGCGGGCCUAAUGGACAGCAAGUUAUCUCCUUUUGCCAAAGAAUUCAUACCGCGAACGACGAUGAGUUACCCGACGGCCCCAUCCGUGUCCAACGGCUGGAACGCCAAUCCCGGUCGUGUGGAUCCAGUGGACAGAGACUUCGAUGACUUCAUUGCGUGCACUUAUUUGAGGGAAUUUAUCGAUACGAUUACUAUUAAACCG